GCCUGAUGGCGGAAGUCGCGCUCGUUCGCGCCGAAAAUAUUUUAGCAGAAGUACUUCAGCUGUCUAUGUAAAGCUCGUGUGUAACUGUGUCGGCUGGGAAGGCAACGACCAGUCACUUCAAAAGUGAAGGCAGCUCGAUUCGGCGGCAAUGAUCCUCCGAAACGCAAUCGCCGGGCGGAAGCGUACACGGCAAAGUGAGGACGAUGGCACCGACCACUCGGGUUUAGACCCGGACGACUUCUUCUCAGAGUUAGACGAUGGACUCAACGAGUCGAACGAUAACUCUUCGGAAGUCGAGUUCGGCACCAGGUCCCGCGGGAAGCGACGUCGUGUAGGCGAAGGCGGCCGUGGAAGAGGACGCGGCCGCGGUGGUGGCAGGGGCCGUGGAGGGAGACGUAAUGCGUCGGAAAGCAUAACAAGCGAAGACCCGGGCACUCUUUACGAUGUGGUCCGACUUGGUCGUCACUCCCUCACCGCCGUGGUCGACGACUGGAUAGAGUCCUACAAGCAAGACAGAGAUGCCGCCCUUCUGGACCUGAUGACUUUCUUCUUUCACUGCUCCGGGUGCAAGGGCCGUAUUACUCCUCAGAUGCAGGUCACCAUGGAGCACAACCAGAUCAUCAGGAAAAUGACCGAAGAGUUUGACGAGGAGAGUGGUGACUACCCGCUGAUUAUGACGGGCCCCCAGUGGAAAAAGUUCAGACAGACAUUCUGCGAGUUUGUACAGAUUCUGGUGCGCCAGUGCCAGUACAGCAUCAUCUACGAUCAGUUCUUGAUGGACAAUGUGAUCUCCAUACUCACCGGAUUGUCCGAUUCACAGGUUCGUGCAUUCAGACACACAUCCACACUGGCUGCAAUGAAGCUGAUGACAGCACUUGUUGAUGUCGCGCUCAACUUGAGCAUCAGCUUAGACAACACUCAACGCCAGUACGAGGCCGAGCGGCAGAAAAACAAGGACAAGCGUGCAACUGAACGUCUUGAACUGCUCAUGACCAAGCGACAGGACCUGGAGGAAAACAUGGAAGAAAUUAAGAACAUGCUCACCUACAUGUUCAAAAGUGUGUUUGUCCACCGCUACCGGGACACUCUUCCUGAAGUUCGCUCCAUUUGCAUGUUGGAGAUUGGCCAGUGGAUGAAGCGGUUUCACCAGCACUUUCUUGAUGACAGUUACCUCAAGUACCUAGGCUGGACCCUACAUGACAAAGUGGGAGAUGUACGACUGCGAUGCCUGCAAGCGCUUCUUCCCCUAUAUUCAUCUGAGGAGCUAACAAGUAAAAUGGAGCUCUUUACCAACAAGUUCAAAGACCGCAUAGUUACCAUGACUUUGGACAAGGAGUACGAAGUAGCUGUCCACGCUGUCAAGCUUGUCAUUAGCAUCCACAAGUUUCACAGGGAGAUCUUGACUGAUAAGGACUGCGAGCAUGUCUACGAACUUGUCUACAGCUCACACAGAGCCGUUGCUCAAGCUGCUGGAGAGUUCCUUAAUGAGAGGCUCUUCCAGCCUGAUGAAGCAGCAGUCCAAGGUCUGCGCACACGGCGUGGCAAGAAACGUUCGGUGAACACGCCACUCAUCCGUGACCUAGUGCAGUUUUUCAUUGAGAGUGAACUGCACGAGCAUGGUGCCUACCUUGUGGACAGUCUCAUUGACAGUAACCCAAUGAUGAAAGAUUGGGAAUGCAUGACUGACCUUCUCCUUGAGGAGCCGGGGCCAGACGAAGAGCAGCUGGAUGAUCGACAAGAAACCUCCCUCAUUGAGAUUAUGGUCUGCUGCACCAAACAAGCUGCCACAGGUGAGCCACCAGUUGGAAGAGGACCCAAUCGCAAACAGAUGUCAAACAAGGAGAUGAAGCAGGUUGCUGAUGAUCGUGUCAAGCUAACUGAGCACUUCAUACAGUCACUCCCAAGCCUCCUCAGCAAGUACAUCGCGGACCAGGAAAAAAUUGCUAACCUGAUGGUGCUUCCUCAGUAUUUUGACCUGGAGAUCUACACAUCCAGUCGGCAAGAGAAGUCUCUUGACUCGCUGCUAAAACUUAUACAAGAGAUUGUCGAGCGUCAUGACAACACGGAAGUGCUUGAAACAUGCGCUAGAACCUAUGAGGCUCUGUGCUGUGAAGAACUAGCUGUUCAUUCACGCUGUGCUGUGUCAAGGGGAACACUGAUCGAUUCUCUUGUGGGCCGAUACAAGCAGGCCCUGUCUGCUUAUUCUGAAGCUGGAGAAGACGCUGAUGACGAUGACAUCUAUGCAGUGCAGUCGGCACUCAAGAAAGUGUCGAUAUUCUACGGUUGCCACAACUUGGGUCCCUGGACCAUCUGGGAAGGAAUUUUCGACUAUUGGGUAAAGGGUGCAGGAGAACGAAGCUUGUCUUUGGAAGGUGUGAAGCAUGCAAUUUCAUGCUGUUCAUCAGGUAUCAUGUGGGAUCUGGCAGUGCUGGAUGAAGGCAACAUUCAGAUGGCGCACGUACACGCCUUGAGAAACCGUCUCCGCGAGUUCAUGGACACCAUGGUGUAUAUGCUUCGCCAUUGCACCGGAGCACUGCAAGAAGAGGCUUUUGUGAGCAUCUGUGACCUGCUCAUGAUCUUCUGCAGGCAACUGGGCGACAGUGAGCCCUUCAAUGCUCUAGUCUACGAACCUGAUCGUGCCCUGCAGGCAAACCUUGGUGACUUCAUCCAGAACAACGUUUUCGUGGAAGACAACUCGGCUGCCGAAGAUGAGCAAGAUGAACAUCGCAAAAUUGAAGAGCUGCAUAAGCGCCGCAACUUCUUGGCCUCCUUCUGCAAGCUCGUGGUGUACAACGUCAUCAGUGUGCGCCCAGCGGCAGACGUCUUCAAGCACUACGUUCGAUUCUACAAUGAUUACGGGGACAUCAUCAAAGCAACUCUGGGGAAAGCUCGCGAGAUAAAUAAAGUCAACUGUGCACGCACCAUGGUACAGUCGCUCACUUCCCUCUUCAGCGCCCUCGAGCGGGACCAACUGGGAAACAUAUCCCGUCAAGACGAAAAUUUUGUAGCCAUCAAGGAACUGGCCAAGCGGUUCGCCUUGUCCUUUGGACUUGACCAGGUCAAGAAUCGAGACUCGGUCGCAGCUCUUCAUCGUGAAGGCAUCAUUUUCGCAUGCACGCCAUUCGAGAAUCCGCUCAACCCCCUGGGCCCACCGCCAAACCUUCCUUUCCUGGAGCUUCUGUGUGAAUUCACAAACAAGCUGAUGAAGCUGGACAAGAAGGUCGUACUUCAGUAUUUGGACAGACACGUCCAAGCUAAACUGCCUGCUUCACGAGCUGAUGAUUGGCAGCCGCUGAUCCUUUACCGUACCAGCCUUGUCCAUGGCGAAGCUGAGCAGCCUGUGGCGAGAGCACCAGGACGUCAGUACCGGGGAAGAAAGCGGCAGCGUGAAGAUGAUGACCACGCGGAAGAAGAGGAAAUAGACCAGGAUUCGGAUAGGGGCUCCGAGUCAGAGUAUCGACCAUGAGCUGAACUUACCUUGUAAACUGAGUAUUCUGUCGCAGCGUGUGCUGACCAGAGUUCGGCCACCAUUGAGCGUGUGCAAGUUUGUAUUAUUAUGCACAAAAAAGAUCUUUAUAGUUAAGUCCACUGAGUAUGGAAAUGCCUCUAAUUGCCUGUUCUCGGUUGUACUGCCAGCAACAUUUUUACACGCAUUUAGGGAGCACACAUUUCAUAUUUAUGCUUGCACAUCAGGCUUCUGUGAAACUAUUGGUUCAUUGCGACUUCUGCAAAGCGCAGUGAGGUGCUACAAAUUAGUUUCCAGCUUCUAUUUGUUAUUUCUUGUGUCAGACAAUAGCAAAUCCAUUUCCAAAAAUUUAGUCAAGCUCUAGUUUCAAGAAUUCAGAUCUAAAAAUGGGUGUCCAAAUGCAUUCUGUUGCUGGCCAUGGCUAUAAGAGGCUCUUAAACCUAUCCUUUAUUAUCUGGCAUUCACUUUGUACACAAGGAAAUGUACAUAUUUGCAUUAUUAUAGCAUAUAUUCAUUUUAUUUCAAUGUUCCAUUUUGGAACAUAAUAUAAAACUAACAUGUGGCAUCUAAAUACAUAACGCAUGGUUGUUCACUCUUUACAAAAACGUUUCAUCAGUGUCAUCAGUAUUUAGUGUGCUACAACAUUUGUUCUGACACCUCGACCGCAAGUAACGUUACCAUCAUAGAAAAUAUUGAUGUCGGAUUGCCUUGGAGGCCCUUAUUCCAUAUUUAUGCACCUAUGAACACUUGGUGCUGUUCUCAUGUGACUAGGGAGCCCUUUCAGAGCAUAGUUAUUUAAAGCAAAUGCGGAGCAGGCUCAUAACCAUACUUGUAAAAUGCAGAAGUACUUUGUUCACAAAACAUGAAACACUUUCAAGUUUCAUGAGCAGUUACAAUACAAUUGCUUACAUUGCAAAAAAAAAUCUAUUCCGAGCACAUUUUGUUGCUAGUAAGUUCUGCAAUUCUUAGCUUGUCUACAGAAGCUUUGUUGGCAAACACUAACUGGUAAAAUUAAGCGAGUUUUAGUAGCUGACCGAGGCAGGUGGAAAAUUUUCUAUGUUACCACAUGAUCUGAAAAGCAGAAGACCCGAGACAGUGAUCUGAUCUUUUCAAACAUCUUUGUCAAUAAUGCAAGCCUUGUCAUAGUGUUGUGAUUAGGAACUAGGCUUCUAUCAUUGCAAAGGAAAGAAUUAGCAAAUCACGACACUAUCCCAAAGUUCCUCGACCACCAACAGAACACUGCACUGUGACAGUGGCAUGCACUUUCAAGAUGCUAAUAUCUAACUCGCAUAUUUAAGCUCACUGUUUAUACGUUGGUGUUGGCUUGCAGAAGCUGAAAUGUCCGAUAUGUAUGAACCACCUAUUCUCUGCAUGCUUCCUUUUUCUCGUGGCAAAACCUAACUACCUGACCAGCUUUGAUGUCUGAUCAUUGAUUUCAUUUCAGAGCCAUUGUCAAACACUUUUUCCUUUCUGGCAACCCUGCUCAUUGCUGUGCACCUGCCAUUUCUUUGAAAGUUUGUUGUCAGAAGUAUGCUUCAGUGUGACAUCUUCUUUGAAAUGCUAUUCUAAGUGUAGAUUACUUUUGUUUUGCUGUUUCAUAUGGUAACUCGUACAGGUGAAACGUUUUUGCAAGAGCUCCUUGACACCUUGUAUACAUUUGUGCCAUUUUUGUAUUUAUGAAUUGCAACAGCAUUGCAAAUAAAGUGUUUUUGGUUUGGUCAGUAAA